ACAUGGAAACGUCAAGCGUGCUACUCAAGUAGUGUAGGCAGCUUAUGUUUUAUCUCGAUUGUAAACCUCUCCUGAUGUUUUCUUUCCGCUUUGGACAAUCUUUGAGCAGAAGAAGAAGAAAAAUGGUGUCCGGUUAAAGAAGCAGCUCGUCUGUUGUCAUAGUGACCGUUUAGUCUGGUUGAGCAGUGUGAGUGUUUGUGUGUGAGUGUGUAGCUGCUCGGCAUCAUGUUCGUGUUGGUGGAGAUGGUCGACACUGUCCGCAUCCCUCCGUGGAGCUUUCAGAGACAACUGAACGAUGCUAUAGCCGAGGAGCUGAACAAGAAGCUGGCCAACAAGGUGGUCUACAACGUGGGCCUCUGCAUCUGCUUGUAUGACAUCACUAAACUGGAGGACUCCUAUAUAUUCCCAGGGGAUGGCGCCUCCCACACUAAAGUUCAUUUUAGGUAUGUCGUCUUUCACCCUUUCCUCGAUGAGAUCCUCAUCGGCAAGAUCAAGUACUGCAGUCAGGAGGGAGUUCAUGUGACAAUGGGCUUCUUUGACGACAUCCUCAUUCCUCCAGAGUCACUCCAACAGCCUGCAAAGUUUGAUGAAGCAGAGCAAGUUUGGCUCUGGGAGUAUGAAACAGAUGAGGGAGCUCAUGACCUCUACAUGGACCAAGGAGAGGAGAUCCGUUUUCGGGUGACAGAUGAAGUCUUUGUGGAUACUUCGCCAACAGGUCCUGCCACCGCAACGCCUGAUACGCCGGCACAACCGGGACAGUCGACAGCACCGCCAGCAGAAGACGCUGGAGAGAAGAAAGAGGCGCCAUACACUUUGAUUGGGACCAUCUGUGAACCAGGGCUGGGGCUGCUGUCAUGGUGGAACAGUUAGCACCGAAGAGGAGAAUAUCUGAUGGUUAUGAACAGAUCGUCCAUCCCAGCAGCUCUGAAACAUGACGGACGGUCGACAGAAGACACUGUCGUUGGGUACAGAAGUCAAGACUCUAAGUCAAGCUGUGAUAUGAACCAAGAGACUCGGUGUACAAAUGACUGAUAUCAACUCUGUCCCAGUGGUGCUGAUUGUAUUAGCUGGACUCUAAACAUACCAGCUUCAUGUUUCCAUGAAAACUACAAAGACGUCUUUGAUUAUUUGAAUGGUAAUAUCAUCACCGCUUUAACCAGAUUUACACUCGUCAAAAAAAUGUAACUUACUGGUUGAAAAUAGGUGCUGUAUGAGGUUGGGUUGUCAGAGAUUCAUAUAUGUGAUGCCUUUUUUGUUUUAAGGUGAGAAAUGAGGCUGAAGGACAUUUUUGUUGAUUUAAAUAGAUGUGUGGCUGAGAUGUCAUCACAGCAAGAUCCAAAUAAUACCAACACUGAAACAAUAUAAAGAAAAUGCUCCUACCUAUUUUCUUGUUCACGUAUCAUUUGGUUAUUUAUUGGGUUUGUAUUUAGUUUUUUUUCAGUUGUAUUCCAGUAAAAAGGCGUAUCACCAGAAUGAGUGGUUUGUGUGAUUAUAGAAAGUAUAUCCCAAAGGAUUAGUGAGCAGCCUUUAAAUCCCGCAGUCUGAGGGGCAUUGAAGGACAAAGUCCUACAUGUUUAUAACAGAUCUGCCCUCUGCUUAAUGUCGGUCGCUGUUGGUUUGAAUCUCACACACAUUCUUGUGUUUAUUUUGCAAUCAGAAAUCCAGCGGGCUGUUUCAUGUGACAAGUCAGUUGUCAUUUCGGUUGUCUGUUGUGAAACUAGGACAGACAUUUGAUUUAUCAGCAGAAAUAGACUGGCUGCAUGUGACUUGCACUAGAAUUGUAGAACUGCAGACAUGCAGCUUCCAGGAAAUGUAGCUCAAGAGAAGGAUGAAUGUACUAAUAGUAUACAACACAAGUAAAUAAACCCCUGUGCAAUUACA